UAUUUCUAUGCUACGAGAGGCAUCGAUCCAUGUGGAGCUAUUCCCCAUUUUUCUUUCUACUGUGUUCAUCCGUGGAUCCCUUCGUGGAUCUGACUACGACUUCCAGAGCGCGCCGCCGCGGCUCUGUCCCGCCGCCGCCGCCGCCACCACCUCCACUGCCACCGCCGCCUCCGCCGGUCGGAAGCAGGCCCCGACGCCUCCCGGACCUUAAUCCUCAGCCGGCAGCAGUAGGGACCACCGCCUCCACCGAGCUCCAUAGCGCGCUCUCACUCGCCCGCCUCUGGAUUUAAGGGGAAAAGAGAGCCACCAAGAUUCUCCUUAAUUCCACUGCCGUUGACUAGCAGCAUCCCUCUCACCCCAGCAUGGACAGUGAGAAUUCGGAGCCACUGGUUAUGCCGCUCAAUUUAUUACGAGAAAUUACAGAUGGUUUCUCCGAGGAGCGGAAGCUUGGUAGCGGUUCGUAUGGAAAAGUUUACUUGGGGAUGCAUCCAAAUGGGGAAAAUAUUGCUGUGAAGAUGCUCUAUGAUAUGCCGGGACUUGACGAUGAGCAAUUUCAGAAUGAGUUUAAAAAUCUUACAAGGCUCCGACACCAAAAUAUUGUGCGGUUAGUUGGCUAUUGCCAUGAUAUUCAGGAAGUACAAGUACAGCAUGAAGGAAAAUUAGUUCUUGCUGAAAAGACGCAUAGGGCGCUUUGCUUGGAGUAUAUGUCUAAUGGAAGCCUUGAAAAGUAUAUUUCUGAUGAAUGUGAUAGAUAUAAUUGGCUGGAAGGCUAUCGAAUGAUCAAGGGGAUUUGCCAGGGUUUAAAUUACCUCCACAAUGAAUUAAACCCUCCUAUUUAUCAUUUGGAUUUAAAGCCAGCCAAUGUUUUGCUAGACAAGAAUAUGGUUCCCAGAAUUGCAGAUUUUGGGAUGUCAAGGCUCUUUGGAGAUGAACAGACACGAGCUACACAAAGUUUAUUAGGAACAAUUGGGUACUUACCGCCAGAAUACAUAAAAAAAAAUUUAGUCUCAAGUAAGUUCGACAUAUUCAGCUUGGGUGUUGUAAUUAUAAAGAUAAUGGCAGGACGCACUGGCUACUUCAAUAGCGCUGAUAUGUCUUCACAGGAAUUCACUAAGCUUGUGCAGGAAAACUGGACUAAUAGACUACUUGAAACAUCAAAUCGGAGGAAUGCAUAUUCUGAGCAAGUAAAGAUAUGCAUUGAAAUUGGUUUAAGUUGCGUGCAGGAAGAUCGACACAAAAGGCCAACUAUACAGGAUAUCGUCGAUAGACUGAAUGAGACAGAAACUAAAUGUACUUCCGCGGCAAGAAAGGACUGGCUGUUGAUUUUUCAGGAGGCGAAUAGGAACACUUUUCCUCAGUAUGCUCAAGAUCGGAAUGAUCGACACGCUCAGCAAACAUACCAUGGAUCCACCUUUAAUCAGUAUGCUCAGGACAUAUCAGCUACUACUCACUCUAAUUGUGUUGAAGAAAAUGCUGGUCCUGGAGAAGUAAGAUUGGGUGAUGACUCGCAGUUCUUUAGUAAGCUAAGGCACUUAGCUGAUGGCGAUCCAUUACCUGGUAUUGAGAGAUUUCAAAUUACUGGGCAUCCUAGACUAGGCUUUACUUUAACAGCAUGUGGUUUCCCUACAAAUGGUACUACACGUGGUUAUUUCCAGUGGGUUCGCUAUCUUGAAGAUGGCACCAGGCGACCUAUUGAAGGUGCUACGAGGCAUGACUAUGUGGUUACUGCAGAUGAUGUUGGCACGCUUCUAGCUGUAGACUACACUCCUGUGGAUGACAAUUACCUUCAGGGUGAUUUGGUGAUGCAGUUUGCUAACACUGAGAGCAAGAUAACCUGUGAUCCAGGUAUGCAGAAUGACAUCAAUAUAUUUAUUUCGAGGGGGAGAGCGAACUUUGUUGUUUUUGUCCUGCUUGGGUGUUAUCCUGAUGAAUGGAAAAAGGCCACGUUAGUGCUUACACGAACUGGAUAUCAAAUUAACUUCAGCCAUAAGGAUGAAGCCGUAAUUGAUGAAAAUUAUUCACGAAGUCUACAGACAGAAAUUCCCAUUGGACAAACUACCCAGUUUGUUUUAGUAACUUCCCACUGGGGUUCAAAUGUACAAUUUAGUACACAAGGAAUAACUGGGCCCAAUAAUGAGGAUAACGAUGUUAGGCUGCGCGACAUAAUUGUAUUGGUCAUGAGAACUUUCCAGAAUAUGCUUCUCAAUCCCGAUGGAGAAAACCCAGGCCCACUGAUCGUGGGAGGAGACCAGCCAAUGCAUGAAGCGCCGGUUACCAGGGACUUCUUUAUCACCAAGGCCUACCCUAUUUUGCCACCCAGACGCGACUGCAUAGUGUUACAAUAUUGGUACCAUGGAGUAGAACAUUCUAAACCACCAUAACACUAGGUUUGGGGUGAAAACUCUAGGUCCAAUUUUCAUUGGUUGAACCUGGCAAUAACAUCAUUCACACGACAGUUUCUUUGUUAAAGGCAUUGCGCGAAGUUUACUCGGAUUCUUCUCCGUGGUGAAAAUCCAUGAUCUGGACACAGUGGUUGGGUCCAGUGCGUUGUUCCUUUCCCAAAGGCGUCAUUGAGUAACUAUCCUGUUACAUGGGGUUGGCAUCGUUGAUGGUUGCUGCUGUUGUUUGCUAUAGCUGUUUUGUUGAUCGCUUUUUUUUCUUGUAAUAAUUUGAGUAUUUGACUAUGUGCAACUUCGAUAUCUUGAGUAGCUCUUGAGUCGUGUUUUUCUUGGGGACUUUUUUUCUGAGUCGUAUUGAUGCAUAGGCCGGAUGUAAUUGAUAUCUUCUUGAUAUUAAUAUAUUAAGUAUUUAUUAAUAA